AUGGAAAUUGUAGCACAGUAUGCGGAAGCUAGCACUUUUGACCCAUUAAUGAUGGAAAAUGAAAAUGAAUUUAAACAAAUGCAUAGCUUAUGGUUGCAAUGUGAGAAAGAGAAUUGCAGAGUAGACAAUAAGAAGUGGUACCUGAAUAAAGAUAGACUGAAAAUCCAGAACUGUAUGAAGUUGCUGAAGUUAUUGAGGAAUCAGUUGAACCGUCUACUUGUGGGGCACACGCCUGUGGCCUCCAUAAUAAACAACACAAGUAAAUAUAGUGAUUGUCCAACCUGUGGAUUAAAUGGAGAUUAUGUAACCACAUUAGAGGACAAUUACGAAGCGAGAGGAGAGUUGAUAUCAUCCCUUAGGACAUGUUUAGCCACGCAAACCCCAGUUGCUGUAUGCAGCCAGGGGGAAACAUGUGGAGAAGAAGAAGAGGCACAAAGUAUUGUAGAGAAUGAGAACCCAGGAACAAACAUAGGAAACCGUAUACUGGAUGAGCUAGAUAAUGGUGGUAUCCCUGUAUUAACCCCUCUUGUAACAAAGCCAGCAAUACCACAUUUUAUGGACCCUUUAUCUGUUUCACCUAGUGUUAAAAGCAGGAUAUCUGCCACCCUGCAAACUGCUAAAAUUCUACAGCAGCAGGAUAGAGAUAAGGCGAUGAAACAGCUGAUGAAGUUAAAGCCCCUCUUUACCCCAUAUGACUGCAAAACAGAUGUCCUUUCAAACAUGUCCAAUUUCGAGUCAGCAGUUAAACAAUAUAUGCUCUCUCCUAAAGAGGCAUGUAUGAUGCUUAAAAUGUGGGUCCCAAGCAGCAUUGCAUGUAGAUUGAAUCCACCCAUAAAUGGCCCUAUUAAUCGAGACCGAGAUUGGUUUAAAGAUGAUAAAUGGAGUACAGAGGGAGACAGACUUAGAGCUGUCUCCAAAUUUGUAACAGGAGACAGAGAUUUAGAUAGUCAUUCACUUGCUGAGAUGAAGGUGAAUUUACAAGAUGAUCCGUGGGUUUUUGCUUCCAAAUUUGAGCAAGUCUAUCGGCUAACCCACCGCAUUCCACCAGAUCAAACUCCUCCUGAUCUACUGCAAUACCUAGUAAAAAAAUUCACUUACUUAGACCCCGGAGUGCAAAUGAUGGCAGAGGAAAAAGAUACUUUGGAAGGGGUAUUGAACAUCAUAGGGAAGGCCAGGCAGAAUUUAAUGAGGAAAGGAGUCAUAGGACAGCGUAAGGUUGCGAUUGUAACUACCAAUGAAGGGAAGCAAUCUCUACCUGAGAUUCCCUUCAGAGGUAUUUGUUAUUAUUGCAAUAAACCUGGUCAUAGACAGAAAGAAUGUUGGAAGGCCAAGAGAGACCAAAGGGUGACUGAGGGAUGGCAUGUUAGUCCAUCCCCCUCUUGGUCUGUCAAAGAAAGUGAUCAAAGAGGAUCUGUAAAGAUGAAAAGAAAUAACAGUCCUGAAAAGGCAGAUCAGGAACAUCAUUCUAACCCUCUGCCUAGGACCAAUCUGUAUGGUCCGGUGCGGGAGGCUCUGAGAAUGAUGGCAGUACAGGGAGUGUUUACUAAUGAGCACAAACUGAAACCGGGGGACGAGGCUCCUCUAAUUUUAAUUUCAGAUUGA